AUGGAAGACACGGACACAUUCGCUGCUGUGACAGAAGCGGUCAAAAACGCGGACGUCGUGUCAAUGUUACAAAAAAUCGUCGCCACAUCGACCCAAGACGAAGAGGCGGAAGAAAUCAGAGAGAAAAUACAGAAUGUUCUAGAUAGAUACAACGAUAUGAGCGAAGGGGAGAAGGGGGUCUUCGUGGAACAGCUGAAGGAAGCUCUCGCAAUGAAGUUAUCUAUGAAGAUGCAAGAGAAUUUCGCCGAGGACGCAUCGUAUCUACCUCUUUGGAUUGCCGCGUUUGUUGUUGUUUUUAUACUCGUAUUCUUUGGCUACAAGCUGUACAAAUCGAUAAAGGAAAAGGAGAUAAAACGAGAAGAGAAGAAGAAACAGAAACAAUCCAAGAAGAAGAAGUAA